UAUAGUGUAUGGUUAGCAUUAAACGAGCAAUGCCAGGUUCACACUAGCCCAGUUUUUUAGUUGCCAACAGUUUUUUGUUGACCGCUGACGGCACAGUCACUCGCUGACCAGUCGCAGGCACCUGGCAAAUAUUUGUCAUGUUAGAUAUCUGAUCCAGUCGGCGACUGGGAGUCAGGAGCAGAGGCUACCUGUUGUCAAUGGAAUUACGAAGAAAGAGAGAACCACGGGUCUAAAACGCACCCCCUGCAUUACCAGAGCUGUUUAUGAAGAGUCUGACCAUUUCUGUCCACCUGUUACAUCAUAAAAUGCAUAAUAUGCUUUCAUAAAACAAGGAAUUUGAACAAUUUGUGAACAGCAGUCUUAUCGCACACCACUGGAAACUAGUAACGCAAAUCUGCCGCCCUCUAGCGGUUAAUGGAUACACUGCAGGUCACUGCAUUAUUAUUGUUGGUGGAAGGAAAAGGUAAACACGGAUAGACGUAGAGAACGAGCUGUGGAAAUAUCUGUAAAUAGCGUUUACCAACCCUCCUCCUCCUCCUCUCCUCAGCGCCCUGUGGGUUCAGCACUGGGUUUAAUCCAGGCUGUGAUUGAUUAACUAUUUCUCUUAACUAUUUCUAUUGAUUAACUAUGUCUCACAGUUCAGCAGGAGGAACGAGUACAGAGCUGGUAAGGCAGUGAAACUCUCCUCAGAGCUUUCUCUAGAGCAAAAAUGGAGAUUUAACCUGUUUUUGUGGGUUUAAAUGCUGCUGAGAGGUUAAUCUACUGGCUGAACUACUUGGGAUUUGGGGUUUUAGCUUGUAGCUCGCUGAAUUUACUUCUUGGUUGUUAAACUGAUCAUUUAAACAGUGUUUGAAUGGUUUGGUAAAGCUGGUCAUGCGGGUUAAAGGUGAACUCUGGUGUUAAAUGUACUUGGGUUGUGGUGAAACAUGAUAACGAGUACAAACUGUAGUCCACUAGUCCACCCCCAUUUACCCCCAGUACUCCCAAAUACAUUGCUUUUAGCCGAACCUCUCAGCAGGCUUACAAGUGAAGAUAUGCUAGUGAUAGGGGCAUAGAGUUACCUGUGCAAAGACAUCACUAUUUUUACACUAUUAUCAAGCUUAAAGUAGCUCUACACUUCAUUACUAGAAUUCUGAGGGCCCAAGUCUCUUUUUUCUAUCAUGAGGCCUGCAGCUCUUGGAGAUACUGUUCUGGGUUAUUUCACAACCUUCUGGAUAUGUUGUUCAUGCCCUUUUGGAGUAAUUUUGGUAGGCUCUCACUGUGGGCCUCUCACUGAGAACUUUGAAAGUGCACAGUUUAUUAAAAAACACAGUUUAUUGUAGUACUCUGGGCGCCGCCAUGUUUAAAUGUUUGAAGUCCUGAUAAGUAGACUGACAAUUACAAACAAAUAGGUAGGAUAAAGGAACAGGUUGCAAAUUAAUAUUCAGUGAAAUGCAUAGGUUCCAGCUGUUGCUAAAAAUAUCUGGUGACUCUCUGCUUAAAUAAUUAAGCUCACCAACAAAUGACAUAAACUUUGCUCAAAGGGUUUUACUAGUAAAUUUCAAUAUGGCGGCACCCAGAGAACUCCCUCAGGGUAUGUGUAUUAACAGUGUUUUUAAAAGCCAUUUCUUACAUGGGUAACACUAUGCCCCUAGUGUUAGCAUUGUAAGCCUGUUGGGAGCAUCAGCUAAAAUACAGCACUGUAUUUCAACGCUAGGUUAGCAUGGUUUGACAAGGUCUUAGGAGAAUAGUGAACGAUCUCAACUGUUCCUUAUGUCUUUCAACAGCACGGACUACAGAGAAACCCUGAAUACAGACCACUGUCAGACAAGAGGGCAUCUAACUGUGUUUUUCACCUUUUUUAAGAGCCCUUCAACGACAAGAUCCAAAGCUGUUGUGAACAGUAGAAGGGGACCAUCUGGAUAGUUUACCUUUAAUCAACAGCGCUGACAUCGCCACAGCGGACACUGGUAUGGCUAUGAUGUUGGCGUCCUCCAGGAAAAUCCCAUGUUUUGCACAGAGAAUUGGAAGGUUUGCACAGAGAAACCGGUGUGGUUUAAAACACGCACAGACGAUGGAGAAACCUUGUGUACUGGCCCCCAUCGGACAGGAGGCCAUCUACCCGUGUUUUGCGCCGUGCAUUGAGAAGCAUUUCACCAUAGUUUCCUAUGAGACGUUUGCUCAAAAACGAGAGGACUUUGCCGACAAGAUCCAGGCCGUCUUCGUGUGGGGAGGAGCUUUAAAGGUUGACCGUGGUCUCCUGCAGUCUUUACCCAAACUUAAAGCUGUAGUGAAUGGUGGGGUUGGAGUGGACCACCUGGAUAUAUCUCUGAUUAACAGCUUUGGAGUGAAGGUCAGCAACACGCCUCAUGUCGUCGACAAUGCCACAGCGGACAUCGGUAUGGGUCUGAUGUUGGCGUCCGCGAGGAAAAUCAUUCAAGCAGAUAACUUUUCCAGGCACUAUGAAUCAGCAGACAUGCCCGAGUCUUCGAUGGGAAAUGAUGUCAGCGGUGCCACUCUGGGUAUUAUUGGUAUGGGAAGAAUAGGAUAUAAGGUUGCCAGAAGAGCCUACGGUUUUGACAUGAAAAUCCUCUAUCACAACCGGAGCCGGAGGAAGGAGGAGGAGGAGAGGGCAGUGGGAGCUGUGUACUGUGAGAAGAUGGAGGAGCUGCUGCAGAAAUCAGAUUUCGUCAUGGUGGUGGUUAAUUUGUCUCCUCAGACUCACAAACUCAUUGGAGCUAAAGAACUCGCCAUGAUGAAAUCCAGCAGUACCCUCAUUAACAUCAGCAGAGGACUGGUUGUUGACCAGGAUGCUUUGGUUGAUGCACUUCAGAGGAAAGUCAUAAAAGCUGCAGCUUUGGAUGUGACGUACCCUGAGCCUCUCCCAAGAGGUCACCCCUUGCUGUCAUUUCCUAAUGUGAUUGUUCUGCCUCAUAUCGGGACACACACAGUGGAGACAUCCCAGAUCAUGGUGGAGAGGAUGGUGACCAACGCUCUGGCAGCUGUAAAUGGGGAACAACUUCCUAAUGAAGUGAAGAUUUAAUAUAGAGUCUAGACCAAGGAAUCAUCACACCCGUCCAUCCUGCUUCACUUUUUUUAUUAUAAUUGCUUGAAACACUUUAAAUUAACACUGGUUAGGAGUUGAGAUAAUUAUAUUUUACUGUACUUUAAAUUCUUUAAAUGAAAUGUUAUCAUAUUUUUCGCACUAUAAGGUGCAAUUAAAAUUCUUUAUUUUUCCCAAAAAUUUACAGUGAAUCUUAUAAUCCAAUGCGCCUUAUGUAUGAAUUUUACCACCGCUAAAGUACAGCAUUAUAAAAGUGUUUCUGUUUAGCUCUUCAGCACUGAGACUGGAGCAGUAUUAGCAUUAACCGAUAACUCCGCUAGGAGCUAGCUCUUUUGCUGUUCAGAGGUGAGUAUAUCAGCCUGUAGUCUGCUGUUAACCCGGGCUAGCACUGCUGGAGCAGCAUUAGCAUUAGCCACUAACCGCAUUAGCCAAGUGCUAGCUCUAGGUGAGGAUUAUCCACUUGUAGUCUGCGUGUUUACUUUGUUAAAACACAGGUACUACAUGGGACAAACCUCUAGCUAAUAUCGCCUUGGCUUACCUGAACACUCAGUGUUUCUCAUUGUAGCUCUGUCAGGUGGCAUUAGCUGCUAACUGCAGCUAGCCUUAAUGGAAAUCUAAGCUUACUGUAAAUAAACUGAAGUGCUUGGCUCGCCCAAAUAAAUGCUUUUCAGGAGAGCAAUCUGUGUAGAUUAACAUCCAGCACUCAUUUGAAUUAAAAGAAAAUGUUUUUUUCUUUGGCGACACCCCUGUUCCUUACUAGUGUCGCAUAAUGCAUCAAUCCGGUGCACCUUAAAGUGUGAAAAAUACAGUAUAAUACGUAUAUCUAGAAUAGCCAGGGUACUUACAUAUAGAUUUAGACCUUAAUCCUUUUGAGCAUCUGUAGGGUAUCCUCAAAUGGAAGGCGGAAGAACGCAAAGAAAAAAUUCACCAGCUCUGUGAUGUAGUCAUGUAGGAGUGGAAGAGGAUUCCAGUGGCAACCUGUGAAGCUCUAGAAUGAACUUCAUGCCCAAGAGAACUAAGGCAGUUCUAAAAAAUAAUGUAUGUUUUAAACCCUGUAAGACAUGUGAUUAAAGAUUGUGUUGUAAAUCCUUCA